AUGAAAUUAGAUAAAAAUGGCCAAUUAAUAUUUGAUAAAGUGAUUCAUAAUGGAAAUAAUAAUAUUCAUUUAAUAAAUGAUAAUAUGGAAAAAAUAAUUAGUGAUAGAAAGGAACUAGAUAAACGGUCAAUACUUGAUAUCUCAGAAUUAUAUACUAGCUCAACUAAAGUCAAAGAUAUAAUACCAGAAAAUCUAUUGUGUGAGAUUUUAUCUAAUUGCACAGAUAUAGAAUUUUUUGAAGUACCAUCACUUAUGAAUAAUGAAUCUUCUUAUAAAGAAGAAAAUAUACCAUUUAAAGAAAAAAAGAUGAAUAAACAUUCUAGACAAGGGGAAAACUCUUCUAUUGUGGAUAGACAUUUAGAGUUUAAUGUACCUAUUAAUGAAUCAAAGAACUCUACAGUCGAUUUUAUUAUAGAAGAUAAUAUGUUAAUAUUUGAUAAUUCUACUGAAAAUAUUGAAAAUAUAGUUAUUGAACAAAAUACUGAUAUUGAUAUUUUAGAAAAUAGACAAGUAAAACCUGAUAACUUAAACAGGGUAGAUGAUUUAUUUUUAUUAGGAGCGGUUACAGAAGAAGAGGAAGCAUAUUAUAAGAAUUUUCUAGAACCUGUUAUUAAGGAAGUUCCAAAAGUUGCAGAUAUCUCCUAUAAAGAUACUCUAAUUGUUGUACUUGUAUAUAAUGCUAUUAAACCCACUAUUCCUAAAAUGACCAUAUCUACUGUAAUAAAUAAACUUAUCACUGAUGAUAAGAAACUUACGGGUAAGAAUUGGAUUCGUCAGUGUCCCAUUAAGAUAAAGGACUUGUAUAGAUCUGCUAAGGUUGUUGCAACAACAAAUAUCCAAUUAAUUUGCGAUGAUCUACUGAGAAGGUUAAUUAUACUCUCUAGAAGAUAUAAUUAA